AUAAGUGGUGAUUAACUUACACGACGGUAGCUAAUUUCAACACGGAGUAUGUGGAUCGCUUUCGAAGGAGUUUUCCCUGUACAUAGGUCGUAAUUUUGAGAUUGAAGCCAUAACAUUUGCGGCAAAACGAUGAACCGUCUCGCGAAUUUUUUUCGUUGUAAGAAGUCGCAAGAAAAAGCUCGUCUAGCCGUCGGUCAGAAAUUUUGCUAUGGCGUUGGGCACAUUCUGAAUGACCUAGCUGCUAACACAUGGUUCAGCUAUCUUAUCAUUUACCUGACUAAAGUAGUUCAACUGUCCAACGGUCAUACAGGACUCGUUGUCUUGCUCGGACAAGUUACUGACGGAGUUUGUACACCAAUCAUCGCAAUACUGAACGACAAGACUGUGUGCCGAUAUGGACGGAGAAAGAUAUGGCAUAUUGUAGGGUCACUCUGUGUCAGUUGUACCUUCCCGCUUUUAUUUACACGGCUCAUUGGUGAUGAAGCCAACGACUCGCUAAAGCUUGCCUAUUACAUCAGCAUCGCUGCCUUUUUCCAGUUUGGCUGGGGUUGUGUUCAGAUCAGUCAUUUAUCUUUAAUCCCUGAGAUAGCUAUUAGUGAAUCCGAAAAAGUCGAGCUGAAUGCUAUAAGAUCGGCUCUACGAUUUAUUUGCGGUAUUUUUGUGUUUUGCGUGACAUGGGUUCUAUUAGGAAGAAGCUCAGAGGCAAGUAUUUCGCCCUCUAUGUGGCAGCAGUUUAUGUAUCUUGGUUUUAUUAUCGUCGCAACUGGCACUGUGUGUAACGUUGUGUUCCAUGUUGGAAUCAAAGAGCCUCCUUCUGAUGCUUUACUGAAGUGGUUGGAGGAACGUAAAAGUGGAAAUCACAAGUUCAAGCGGAGAGGAACCGAAAAAAGAGGUCUUUUGGCUCGGGCCGUGUAUCCACCGCCAUCUCCAAGCAGAAGAAGUGGAGCUUCGCCUGCUGUGGUGAUGACACUGUGCGAAAAAGAGAAGAAGAGAACGGCUGAUCCUAACGAAAGGACAGACUGUCCAGCAUGCCUGGAAGACGGGGAAGCACGGAAAUCCUCUAUGGAUAUUACCGAUAAAACAGCUAUUCCUGGUGGAGGAAAGAGCAAGCGACAGUGGAUGACAUGCCCUGGAAUGUAUAAAACUGGCUUGGUGUACAUUUGUACGCGUUUGUACGUGAAUGUUUCACAGUCAUAUUUGCCACUUUAUUUGACGGAGACAAUGCGAUUCGAGAAGGAAUCUAUUGCUUAUUUUCCUUUGGUUGUGCUGGUGACGGGAGUUUUGGCAAGUACAGCUGUCAAACCACUCAAUAAACGCCUUGGAAGCAAGAUCACAUUUUGUCUGGGUGCCAUGAUGGCCGUCAGUGCUAGCUUCUGGUUCUUUGUUCAAACAAUUGACGCACGGACUGCCGUGUAUGCGACCUCCAUGCUUAUGGGUAGCGGUGGUUCUGUCAUGCUUGUGACGUCAUUUUCCUUAAUCGCGCAGCUCAUUGGCCACGACAAGAGAUCCGGAGCUUUUGUGUACGGUUUUAUUGGUUUCUUUGAUAAAGUUUUCAGUGGAGCGAUAUUCGCCAUUAUUCAGCAACUAAAUCCUCGUAAAGAUCAAGGAGUUGAAUGCUCCAAGUGCGAUGAAUACACGCGUCACGUGCAAAGCAUAGUACCAGGCACGGUUGCUGUUCUGGGACUUGUGUCAGUAAUGGUGUUCUUUGAGUCGAUUUUCGUGUGCAAGAAAAGAGCGUCGACAACAGACGCCGCAGUCCAAGUUGAUUUAGAUGAAAUCCUAGGCGACGGUGACAGCAGCUCAAGUGGUGUGGAUACAUCCUCUAUGACAGAGAAGGCUGACAGCGAAGUUUGCCACAUCGGCAGUGCAGAAAAGGGAGCAUGUGCAACGCAAAGCAGACCUUUUGAUUGCUCUAUAGAAUCGCGGAACUUUCAUCCGAAGAAAACAGCAAAGCAGAAUUAUGUCGCCAUACGACUGGCGUCUGUAUCGCUACCUUCUCCAGUGUUAGAUCGAAGAACGAUUAUAUAGUCUGUUCUGUAUACGCUGAGUACUCCGUAUGAACGCGUUGAUAUAACGUGGUGUGGGGUGGGAAUUUAUUUAUUAUAAACUAACGCCAAAAUAUUAAUUUAUUGCACGGCAAGGCUUAUAUGUGAAUUGCAAGAGUAUUUUUGUAGUGGGACGGAGAAAGGGCUUGAUUGCUCGAGCCGGUACUCUUGAUUUUCUCAUAAUUGUGGCGAGCGUAAAAAUAAGAGAAAAAAUUAUGAAUAGAACUCGUAAAGGAUGCAACGUAACCCCGACAACGACAAGGAAGAUGAUGAAAAUGACAGCGACCAUACUGAUAUUUCUGUUGGCUGGGAGCGAGUAACAUUGUCAUUUCGUGUUUUGUUGCUCAGCUUUUGCAGCUAAACUCGCUCACUCUUCAGAUCUAAAUAAUAAUUCUCCGCAUUGUCUACCGUACAACUAUUGCAGUUUACCACUGAAGAUUUGGUGGUAAAUCGAACAAUAUUCUCUAAUUAAUAUCUUUUCUAUCUUCUCGUCGCCGUCGUGUUUUAAAAUGUAUUGGUAUCGAAAGGAGAAAUUCACUUUUGGACUUUCCUAUGAUUGAAAGGGUUAGGCAAGAAGUAAUGAAUUGUCGAGUGUCGAGUAACCUCGGCAAAAAUAAAUUUAGACACUGUGUGUCUUAGAAAC